CUUUGUGGAAGUUGCUAGCAGUGUAUUCAUCUCAUCGAUGAUGAUGUUUAGGCAGGAUGAGCGAAGCAUUCGAUGAUAAUUUUACGUUAGCAUACAUACUUCUCAACGCUCUGAUUUCAGAUUUGUCUUCAAGAUACAGUUCCUAGCUUCUGUUGAGUUUGGAAAAUUCAGGUGCACAGUCUAGAAAGAGCAGUUCAUCGUGCGUGGUAGUUUGACAGUAAGAAGCAAUCAAGCAACAGUUGGCCUCUGAAAUUGCCAAAAGUUGGUAAAGUCUCAUGGAACAAUUUCUCAAUAAGUUCUUUCCUGAGGUGGUCGACCAUCAUUAUGAACGUAACAACUAUUGCAUGUACGAUGAUUCUGGACUAGCAGAUUUCACAUCCUGCCUCUACAUUGGGGGUUUCCUUGGAACGAUUUCAGGAGCUGUUCUUAGUCGCCGAUGCGGAAGACGCGCAUCAAUUCUUCUCGGCGGUGCAAGUUAUUUAGUAGGAGCUGUCAUGACUGCUGCAGCCAUGCAUUUGCCGACUGUCGUCGUUGCCCGAAUAUUAAUGGGAUUUGGAAUCGGUUUGCUGAAUCAGGCUGUGCCCGUUUACUUGUCAGAAAUGUCAGACGAGAAACAUCAUCUCGCUAAGGAGAUUUGCUUGGAACUGGCACUAUCAGUGGGCGUGUUGAUCUCGAACCUUGUAAUGUACGGAUCCGGGAAACUACCGGAGUGGGGAUGGAGGCUAUCAUUGGGGCUGUCAGCAAUUCCGGGUGCCAGUAUUUUAUUCAUCGGCCUCCUUAUACCUGAAACUCCAAGAAGUCUGAUACAACGUGGCCAUGACGAAAAAGCCAAAGCUCAGCUCACCGAACGUUACGGAGAAGCAGAAGCCGUCGUGAUUUACGAUGAGACCCUCGAGUCUAUAAACGCUGAAAGCGCAGUCAAAUAUCCGUAUAUCGAGCUGCUGAAGUCCGACAACCGUCCGCAAUUUGUAAUGGCACUUCUGAUUCCUAUGUUCACGCAAGCCACAGGAAUCAGCUCACUCAUGUUCUUCGCACCGGUGAUCUUCCAAGCCAUCGGUUACCAACCACUUGAUUCGGAGCUCUAUGCUGGCUUGAUAAUUGGAUUAGUCUACAUUGUCUGCACUCUUAUUUCGAUUGCGAUCGUAAUGAAGUUCGACUACAAACCGCUCUUUUAUGAAGCCGGUAUUCAAAUGAUUCUUGCUCUGGUGGCGACUGGUUUCAUGCUUGACUACAAACUAGAUCUGCACAACUUUCCAGAGAAGUGGGUUACUGCAUCUGUGAUUUCUCUUCUGUCGAUAUAUAUUGCCGCCUACACUUGGUCUUGGGGUCCAUUGUGCUGGAUGAUUCCGACCAGCCUGUCCCGUCCAGAGUUGCAUUCGGCCACUCAUAAUUUCACUCUCAGCGCUAAUUAUAUCUUCACAUAUGCCUCCUGGAGAUCUUUUCUGAAGAUUCUCUGCACUUUCCAUUACGGUACAUUCUUCUACUACGCCGGCUGGAUUUUCGUGGGGACUAUUUUUGUGAUGCUGUUUUUGCCGGAAACAAAACAUUUGUCACCGGAUGAUACGGCAAGUGUUUGGAACUCCCACUGGUUCUGGAAGAGGUCCGUGGCUCAAGCUAAAGUGAACCCCUUCUCAGAUCCGUUUGGUGAUGGAAGCCAUAACGGAAGUGCCGUGAAAAUCAAAACAACUUCUCUCAAGGUACCUGAGCAUGUAGUACAUGUGCCGAGAAGUUCUUCCACCGGAAGUGUCAUUGAGUACGAUUUCAACUGGAACCUGUACUGAGAUUUUUUGGAACCUCUACUACCCAGAGCAUUCCGGCUUACUACAUCAUAAUCAUGACAUUCGUUUGUGAUCGCGAAUGAGUUUGGACGUGUUCUCCUUCAACGACGAGGAUUACAAGAAGACAACACGUGUAUAAAUAUUCCUCAUGUGCAGAAUUACCGCAGCACGUAAUCCGCAUCCGAUGAACAACUUCAGACGAACCAGUGCCAGUAUUACGAUGCCUCAUCGGUGUUUGAUGGUAUGGUCAGAGCAAGCAUUUCAGUUGGCUAUCGACGUUGUCAUAAUUAGCACGUCAAAUUUAGCUUGUAUUUGGUAACAAUCUCAGCCGGGAAACCACGACUGCGGGUAAAUUUUGCCCAAAGUGUACAUUACAGGCAGUAAGCCUCGAUGAGGUUUACUUAGGUGUACAGUAGUGAUAUAAUCAAGUGGAGAGAUGUGACAUGUCCGUCUGCCAUGAGCCGGCUUGAGUGUGAGAGAGAUUUUUUGUACGCUCUCCAUCAGAGAAGACAUGAACAUUCUUCUAAAAUUUGGGAAUCAAGAUCCAAUUUAUGUAUUCGAUCGUGAGCCUCACACUCAAAAGUACGUGACUUCCA